CUCUCCUUAAUCAUUCACUCCAUUUCACCAACUGCUGAAACACAUUCAUCUCAUUUCACCUUCAUCAGUAACUCACCUGAUUCACGUUCUCAACACCUCUACAAUAUUUUCUCUACCUUGUUUCCCAUUUAUUGCCAGCUGCUUUUGCCUCCUCUUUCCCUUCUUCUGUCUGUCCAAUGUGACGAGGUUACAGGUGCUGCAAACAGAGGAGGGACAAUCACCAAGAGCUAUUUUGAUGUGUUGGGCAUCUGUUGCCCCUCUGAAGUCCCUUUGAUUGAGAAGAUCCUGAAGCCUAUCGAUGGCGUGUACAAGGUUUCAGUCAUAGUGCCUUCGAGGACUGUCAUAGUUGAGCAUGACCCUCAUCUAAUUUCUCAGUUUCAGAUAGUUAAGGCUCUGAACCAGGCAAGGCUAGAAGCCACCAUUAGAGCUUACGGCACUGACAAAGUCAUAAACAAAUGGCCAAGCCCUUACAUAUUGGCAUGUGGGAUGUUCCUUCUAAUUUCUUUGUUGCAGAUAUUUUUCCGCCCCCUUCAAUGGUUAGCCAUAGCAGCAGUUGCUGUUGGCUUACCUCCAAUUCUAUUGAGGAGCAUUGCCGCUAUUAGAAGAUGCACCCUCGACAUAAAUAUUUUAAUGUUAAUUGCAGUUGGUGGUGCAGUUGCACUAAGGGAUUUCUCGGAAGCAGGAUUCAUUGUAUUUCUCUUCACUAUAGCUGAGUGGCUCGAAACAAUGGCCAGUCACAAGGCUACUACUGGAAUGUCAGCGUUGAUGAGUAUGGCUCCUCAAAAAGCUAUAUUAGCAGAAACUGGCCAGGUAGUUGAUGCCCGAGAUGUGAAAGUUAACACCAUCCUUGCCGUAAAGUCACCGAUUGAUGGCAUCUGUGGUUUGAGGAAGAGUGAAGUAGAGCAAACAUUCCCCGUGGUCAAACAAGCCCAAUCUGUUGUGUGGGCCGGUACCCUCAACAUUGAUGGUUAUAUCAGUGUGAAGACAACUGCUAUAGCUGAGAAUUCCGCUGUUGCCAAAAUGGCAAGACUGGUGGAAGAAGCCCAGAACAGCAGAUCCCAAACUCAGAGAUUGAUAGACUCUUGUGCCAAAUACUACACACCAGCGACGGUGUUAAUAGCAGGAGGUGUGGCUAUAAUUCCUCUCAUAUUGCGGGUUCAUAAUCCCAAGCAUUGGUUCCAACUGGCACUUGUGCUACUGGUGAGUGCAUGUCCAUGUGCACUGGUGCUAUCGACACCUGUUGCAACUUUCUGCUCAUUGCUGAAGGCAGCCAGAAUAGGGCUUCUCGUAAAGGGAGGGGAUGUUCUUGAAGCCCUUGCAAGGACUAGAGUUGUGGCUUUUGACAAGACUGGGACCAUAACCAAAGGCGAGUUCCAUGUCGUGGAACUUUGCCCAAUUGGUUGCCAAGUUUCUGUGGAGACACUCCUUUACUGGAUUUCAAGCAUUGAGAGUAAAUCAAGCCACCCAAUGGCUUCUGCACUCGUAGACCAUGCUCGAUUGAAGUGCAUUGAGCCAAAACCAGACAAUGUAAGUGAGUUUCAAAUCUAUCCAGGUGAGGGAGUUUAUGGAGAAAUAGAUGGCAGGAAGAUAUAUAUUGGGAACAAAAAAAUUGCAACAAGGGCUCGGUGUGAUUCAGUUCCAAACCCAGAGAGCGAAGGCAUGAAAGAAGCAGUCACCCUUGGGUAUGUGUUCUCAGGUACAACACUAAUUGGAAUGCUGACUCUCUCUGACAGCUGCCGAACAGGGGCAGCUGAAGCCAUUAGAGAGUUGAAAUCUUUAAGAGUGAAAGUUGCUAUGCUUACUGGAGAUAGCACUGCAGCAGCCAUGCAUGCCCAGAAUCAGUUGGGGAAUACAAUCGAGGUACUGCAUGCAGAGCUACUCCCGGAGGACAAGGUCCGAAUCGUCAAUGAGCUCAAGACCAAAGAAGGUCCUACAACAAUGGUUGGAGAUGGAAUGAACGACGCACCAGCACUUGCUGCAGCUAAUGUUGGGAUCUCGAUGGGUAUCUCAGGCUCUGCAGUGGCAAUGGAGACAAGCCACAUAACUCUAAUGUCCAAUGACAUCCUAAAGAUCCCAAAAGCUAUCCGGCUUGCCCGGAAGACACACCACAAGAUCAUAGCCAACAUAAUCUUUUCAGUUAUCACAAAGAUUGCUAUCCUUGCUCUGGCGAUUGCUGGCCAUCCACUUCUGUGGGCUGCAGUUCUAGCCGAUGUAGGCACAUGCCUAAUUGUCAUACUUAAUAGCAUGUUGCUGUUAAAGUCUAAGUCUCCAAAGACAAGUAAGAAAUUCCACCGUUCUUCACACACUUCACAUGUGCACAAGCACGAGCAUGCAGAUCACUGCAGCAAAGGUUUGUGCAGCUCCGCGAAAAGUGACCACAAGCACAUUGGAUCAAAACAUUGUGGUGAUGGUCAGCAUGGAGAUCACAGGCACAGAACUGCACCCGAAGAUCAGUGCUCAAGAACAGAAUGUUGUCAAUCACAAGAUCAACUACAUCAUUUUCAAGAAACAGAUAGACCUGCAGCAAACACAAACCGCAAGCAUCUUGAGGGUUGCAGAACAGAGCACUAUUGCAAAGAUUCACAUGAUCGACUUAAAGCAGAUUGUCACAGUAAUCACCAUGGUGAUGACGCACAUUUUCAGUGUGGAGUAGGUCUGCAUUUUGAUAACACAUGUGUCCAACACCAGCAAACACAUCUAGAUUGCUGUAAUGAGACUGAAAACAACCACAGUCAAUAUGCGCAUGCUGCAUGUGGAGCAGGGCAUCAUAAUGAUGCCACAGAGGACCAGAAACUGACCCCUGUGAGCUGCUGUAGUGGUUCUGCGACAGAACACCAUCAGAAUAAUGCACAUACCGAAACGCCAAACUGCACAGAUAGCUGUAAACCAGACAUGAGCCAUGAGCAUGUCAUUUUCAUGGAAGAUGGGCAUGGAAAACAUCAUCACCAUGGAAAUGAUGCAUUGAAGCACUGCAACAGUCACAAAAAGAAAAAAGAAAUUACUGGGUGUUGUAAUAAGUCUGAGAGGAAAGAACUCCAAAUAGAGGAAAAGGGAACAGCUGGUUGUUGUAAGACUGAGAUGGAGGAGAACGAGGAGAGGGCUUCAUGCUGCUUAUCUUCUGUGCAUGGAACCAUUGGGAGAACAGAGAUUGUGUCAUUCCAAUGCUCUUUAUCAGGAUUCGUCAUGUAUCGACUAACCACUCCCACUGCUUGUGCAAUGUCUGGUCUUGUACAAAUCAUAGCAAACAUUAAGCUUCUCACUGUUGAUGCAUACGGUACUCAAGACAUCUCCAUCCUCUCUUCUUCACUGCUAGGACUCAUACUGAAGGAUAACUCAAAAUUAACAGAAAGUGGGAAUGCUAGGAAUUCACCGUCUGUGUAUUCUCUUCUAUUAUCUGACCUCAAGCACUUGAUCUUCUUCUUAGAUUGA